GUUUUUUUGAGCGGCAUGUACCAUACGGCCCAGUUGUCUGUGCAAACGUUGUGCAGACGAUAAUAACCGCUGAUAACCUCACUGCAGCAUCUAUCAUCUUGGCAGAGUUGUUAGAGCAGUGAAGAUCCGCAAAAUCAGGCGUGCUGCUUGAUUUUGCCGGCAGCAAAGAGGCCAGCGCUGUUUUCGGGGUGAAAGAAGACCGUCAGCAGACCUCAGCCUUGCCGCUAGAACUCCCCAGUCUUCGGUCGUAGUCCGCCGAUUCGCAGCCUGCGGCAGGGAGGCGCGGGCACCCGCAGGUGGCGCCCCACGUCCGUGUUUGCGUCCUCGCCCGCGCUCCAGGCGCAGCUCGGAAACCCAGCGCGAGAGUCUCCCCGGGUCGUUCGAGCGAGCGCGGAGCCCGCAAUUUAAUAAAUAAGCGCGAGCGCCAUCCGCUUCACCAGCCCGAGGUCCAGAAGAGCAGACACACAGACCCGGGCCGGGGCGCCUCUUCCAGCCCUGAAGCAACCGGACAGUUCCCAAACGGGAUUCUGGAACCGCAGCUCCUACAUCACCAAAUUCUCAAGCUUUUUCUCUCUCCGUCCUAGCCAUCCCAGUCUUAUUUUUAUUUUUUUAACCUUUUUUUUUUUUUUUUUUUUUUUUUCCCUUUCAUUAUGAAAGUGGUCACGCCAUUAAAGAUUAAGACUUGGAGGGAAUUGGGGAAAGAAAAGAAAGAAUCUAAAAGAAGAGAAGCGACUGGUGCUUUUAAGGGUGCCUAAUUUUCAAAAGAGACGUCUGGGAGGAUUUUGCUCUGGGCGUUUGGCAGAGCAACUUCGCGGACCGCGGAGCUCGCCCAGCAUGGAUGUUCCAGGUCCACGGGCGCCUUUCUUCUGAGAACGACCCUGGCCUUGACCGUCAGAGCGGGGACCAAGGCCCGCGGAGGCUGCUCCGGGCCCCGCGCGCUCCUGCGCGCCCUCCCGCGCUGCUCCGGCCCCCGCCGGCCUCCGCCCCCGCGCGCCGCCCCCCACCAGCCCAGAUGCCGGCGCCGGGCCGGGGGCCACGCGGGCUGCGGCUGACCAUGCCCGGGCGCCGGGGGGCGCUGCGUGGGCCGGGCGACUGCCUGGGGGUGGCGCUGGCCCUGCUGCUGCUGCUGCUGCCCGCCUGCUGCCCCGUGCGGGCGCAGAACGACACGGAGCCCAUCGUGCUGGAGGGCAAGUGCCUGGUGGUGUGCGACUCCAGCCCGUCGGCGGACGGCGCCGUCACCUCCUCCCUGGGCAUCUCCGUGCGCUCCGGCAGCGCCAAGGUGGCCUUCUCCGCCACGCGGAGCACCAACCACGAACCGUCCGAGAUGAGCAACCGCACCAUGACCAUCUAUUUCGACCAGGUAUUAGUAAAUAUUGGCAACCACUUUGAUCUUGCCUCCAGUAUAUUUGUAGCACCGAGAAAAGGGAUUUAUAGCUUCAGUUUCCACGUGGUCAAAGUGUAUAACAGACAAACCAUCCAGGUCAGUUUAAUGCAGAAUGGCUACCCAGUGAUCUCCGCCUUUGCAGGAGACCAGGAUGUCACCAGAGAAGCUGCUAGCAAUGGUGUUCUGCUGCUCAUGGAAAGGGAAGACAAAGUGCACCUCAAACUUGAGAGAGGCAACCUCAUGGGGGGCUGGAAAUACUCCACAUUCUCGGGCUUCUUGGUGUUUCCUCUAUAAACACAGAGCCCCCUGGAUGGUAGGGAAAUGGCAAUGUGGACCCAGGAAUCUGCCCUUUAACACACCCUAAACUUGCUGGAAUUGGACACCUUGUUUCCAACCUCCGUCAGACUGUUGCAGUAGAAAAAUGAUUUCCUUUGAAACCUCCAAUACUUUUUGUUGUUUUUUUUUUUCUUUUUUGGAAUAUUGACAAUUCCUCGGGAACCUGGCCUCUAAUUAGUUUUAGAUGACAAGGUCUUAAGGAGAAAUGAAAUGAUCAAUUUGAGCAACUUGUACCUGUGAUUGUAAAGUCAAUAUCGGAUUUUAUUGUUGGGACCAUGGGCCUCUUUUGUUUGUAUGUUGUAUUGCUGUCCCAAUGGAAGGAGAGCUCCUGACUCCAGGAUGGGCUGCAGGUUGCAGUCAGGGCUCCAAGCCGGAGCUCAGCAGAGAACCACCGCUGGACAGCCCUUGAUGUGUGUUCUGUGUGUGUCUGUAUAGCCUUAAGAAAAAGAAUGGCUUCACUUUCAUUCUGUAUUCUCCCCCCACCAUGUGGAUGGGAGGACUUGGGAGGGGGGCGGGGACAUUGUGAACCUGUCAAGAAGUGCUUUAUCCAGAGAAGCAAAUUUUGCACGAUUGGACUGUAACGUUCGUUUUGUAUUGUUUGCGUGUUUUUUCUUUAACAGCUUUACUUUCCUUUCUGCACUCAGCUCUCCCGCCUCAACCUCACUUAUUUUUCUCGCCGGGGUUGGGGAGAGAAAAUAUAUGUUGAAUUCCUGGAUAAGACCAAACAAAACAAAACUUUAAAAUAACUGUAUUUUUUUUAGAUGAGACCAAACUAAACAAAAAGUAUCUGUUUAUCAAAGUAAAAAUAACACAAUGGACAAUUCUGCUUAUUCUCUCAAAGAGAUUCUAAGAUGCACCUUUAGAACAAUUAAUAGCAACCUGGAUUUUUUUUUUUUUUAAUUUAUACUUCAGAAUCUUUUAACUUGGUGUUCCUGGGUGGUCCUGAAUCUCAUAAGUUGGGAGUGGAAGCUGUAAAGACCAAAUCCCCUACACAUACUGUUUCUUUGCCGUGUGUGAUGUGACUUCUCAGCGGGUGUCUUAAUUUAUUUGCAUCCACCUCUGAGUGACCGCACAGUGAUCAGGUGCUUCAGAGCCGACAGGACCAGCUCCUCUUCCUCCGGAUCCUCUUUUGAUCUGCCCAGGAAAGGGAUGCAUUGACACUCUCCUGCAUGCACCUGGCCAGAAGCCACCUGGAAGUCACCGUGGUUAAGAUAUUGGUGGAGGCACCCCAGGAGCACUGAUACAAAUCCUUCUUGUUUUGGCGUCUUGUACAACAACAUUAUUAAGACACAGCUGAGAGUUGAUGGAUGUGUAAUUCAUAUGCCAAGGAAAUGUCAGUCAUCCCAAAGCAAUCAAAGAGGAGACCUCAAACCGGAUGUUAAUUUGUUCUUUGUGUAACAAUGUAACCAAAAUAUUGAUGAUAAAAAGUAACAAUUUAAGAUUCAGAAUAAAUGGAUUUGAUGUCUAGCUUGCUCUUAUCCUCUACUUCCUCUCCCAAUUCGCAAAAUAUGUGGAAGUAAAGGCCGACGUCAAGGACUUGGGGAUGAUAAAUCCAUACAGUGCCUCUGUAAAAAAAAUGUACCCUCAAACACACACGCCAGUAUGUGCAGACCUGGCUGUGGGUCUGGAUGGUUAUUGUACGCUUAGAUGCAUUUCAGUUUAUACAUAUGUAUUUUUCGAAAAGGCAGAUCUUGUGGGAGAUAGGUGAAAAAGACAGCUUAAGAAGGUUUUAGGCAUAGGCAGUCUGCUUUUAUCACAUGUCAUCUUUGAUGUGAUAGAAGUUCUGAUCCAGUAUUUUCAUCAGCAAACGCUGAUAUAAAAGAAACAAACACUUUAAGGGCAUAGUUGUUUCUAAAAUGUGUGUGAGGAUGGAGAAACAUUGGAUUCCAUUUUUGAAGAAGAAAUUCAGUGGGGAUUAUGCAAAUAACAAAAUGUAUAGUUUGAAGACAGGUCUAAGUUUUACUGUCCUCAGAUGAGGAACACAAUGGGAUGCAGAAUUUUAUUUGAAUUAAGAUGCUGUUGCAUUUUGUGAGGGAAGAAAUCAAUAAAAUAGCAUUAGGGGUACCUUGGCUCUGUGAUGAGCAGACAUACUUCUAAAUAAGAACAUUAUUUAUUAAGGCUGAUAACAUAAAUAGAAGGAUGCUGGAACAUGCUUCUUAAUGCUUCUUAAUGCUCUUGGUUAUUUUUGUCCUCUUUCCCUCAUUUCCUUAAACUUAUGUUCAAUUUCAAACAAACAGGAAAUCUCGUUAGGGGACAAUAUAAUAUUUCAUAGAUUUAAGUGUAUAUGAGUACUUGUUACUUUUGUCACUUAAACAUAUAUAACACAUGUAUGUUUGUAUUACACCUUUAUUAGCACAGGUUGUUAUUGGGCUAUCCUGUCUAAUAAAUAAGGUAUUAAGUGGACCAAUCUAAA